AUGGAGUCUUCAGAAUUAUCCGCGCGUCUCCGGUUUUUGAACGACUCCGCGCAUCUCCUUGCGACGACCACUCCCGCGACCUCGAAAUAUCUGAUGUCGCGAUAUCACUCUCUUAUGUUUGAACGCGAGCUCGAACAAUCGGAUGCCCAGAGACGGAGAGCUUGCGGCGCAUGUGGGACAAUCAUGAUUUUAGGUUGGGAAGCUACACUACAGAUGGAGAGUCGGCGACCUCGUCGAAAGAAUAGCAGUCAGAAGAGGGAUGUGCAGACUCCAAGCAAAGCUAUCGUGUACAAAUGCGAAUCCUGCAGCAGAAUAACUCGUUUCAAUACUCCUCCACCAGCACCACGGCGUAAGAUAGGAUCGUCGCGCACAAAGUCUUCUUUAGGCACAGGAGUUCCAACCCCAUCACAAGCAAAAGAAGCCAAUCCAAAUACAGGUGUCGCUCCUUCGACAAACUCGAGCAGCAGGAAGAGGGCAAAGACAAGGAAACAAAGUGGUCUAGAAGCUAUUCUGGCAAGGAAGAAAGCUUCUGAAGCCAGUACGUCUGGCUUUGGGCUUGACUUAAUGGACUUUAUGAAGAAAGCGUAA